GCAGCUUUUCUCUUCCUCUGCCAAGAAGCCUGGAGCCUCUGCUCUCCUCCGGCUCUGGAGCCAACCCUUGGCCUGUGCUGACCCUUCUGGGGGAAAGUGGCCCCACCUGCAACCGCCGAGGCUGAGCUACUAAAGCAGGCAGGAGGGAAGGCACUGCUGGCCAGCAGCCUCCAUGGACAGGAGGUUCUCCUUCUGUCUCUCUCUCUCGCUCUCUGCCUGCAGGGGAAUGUUUGCCAUGGGGGGGCUGCUGCUGCUGAUCCUGGCGAUGGCAGAUGCCCAGGAAUCUCUGCUGAAUGUGUGUAUGGAUGCCAAGCACCAGAAAACCAAGCCAGGUCCAGAGGAUCAGCUGCACAAACAGUGCUACCCCUGGAAAGACAACGCCUGCUGCACACUCAACACAAGUGUAGAGGCCCACCAAGAUACCUCUUAUCUGUACAACUUCGACUGGAACCACUGUGGGGUCAUGUCGGAUAAAUGUAAGAAGCACUUCAUCCAGGACACCUGCCUCUAUGAGUGCUCGCCCAACUUGGGGCCCUGGAUUAGCAAGGUGGAUCAGAGCUGGCGGCAGGAGAGGAUCCUGGAUGUGCCGCUCUGCAAGGAAGACUGUGAGGCCUGGUGGGAGGACUGCCAGGAUGAGAUGACCUGCAAAGAGAACUGGCACAAAGGCUGGGAUUGGUCCACAGGAAGCAAUCGGUGUCCGGUGGGGUCAAUGUGCCAGAAGCUGAAGCGCGUGUUCCCUACUCCAAAAGAUCUGUGUGAGAAGAUCUGGAGCAACUCCUAUAAAUACACCACCUUCUCCCGGGGAAGUGAGCGCUGCAUCCAGAUGUGGUUUGAUCCCGUCAACGGCAACCCCAACGAUGCAGUGGCGAGGUAUUACGCGUUAGCAGGGGAGCCCUCAGUCCCCCGCUCAGCCUCGAUUCUGCUGCUCUUUUCUGCCUUCCUGGGCUUCCUGGAGAUGGCAGGGAUGCUCGGCUCCUGAGACCCUUGGGCAGCAUCAGCUUCGCAAGGGGGGUCCUCCCUCCUCUCCCAGCAUGACAGGAGUCUAGGGGGCUUUGGGGUCCCAGAAGAUACAAGGCUUCUCAUCCAGGUGUGUCUGCAGGUGGUUCUUGUGUUCACCCGUCCUCCUUUGGAUGGGAAGGUGCCAUUGAUUCUCUAAUGCACAAGGAUGCCCCAUAAAGAAGUGCGAGAAUAAAUAUCAAGUCUUCUAGUA